AUGACUCCAGAAAAAACAACGACUUCGACGACUCCGAUCAAUAAAGAAAAAGAUUCAGAACAAUUGAAAAAACCUCAAAAAGUUGAGAAGGAAAUUAUGGAAAAACCGGAGAAGCAUGAAAAGCCCGAAAAGCCAGAAAAACGAACCAAAAAAGACCAUCACGUACCGAAAAAACCAGAAAGAACUGUGAACAAAGCAUCACCUGUUCUUUCGGAAGUCAUCGUGGAUGAGAAAAAGAAGAUCUCAAGUAAAUCGAAGACUCCGAAGAAGGGAUCCAUUUAUGUGGAUGAAGAGAAAAAUGAAAUGAGAAAAACAGCUAAAACUCAAUCAGUUGAAGAGGCACAGGUUGAACCCGCGAAACCAAUUGUAAAGACAAAGGAAUCAUUAGCUAAACGUCAUAGAAGUACUUUGAAACCAGGAGAAAUAAACGAAAAAAGUGAUGAUACAAUUGAAGAUGCUCCAUCUGUUCGAAAAAAAGAAGGACCGAGUUAUGAACCAGUUGAUGGUCCUGUAUCGCCAAAAGUUCCACCAGAUGUGAUAGGUGUCAAAAAGCUAUCAAAGGAGAAAGACGAGGAAGCUGCUAAAUGA